CGUCAGGUCGCCAGUCGAGUCGCGGCUGUGAAGCCGUAACGGGGAAUUCUUCAUCCCGUGGUGAAGCUCGUCGGGAAUUCUUCAUUUCGCGGGAAAAUUUACUUCAUAAGUUGGCCAGCCUGGGUUCAUUCAUGCCUCGCCCCUUCCACAAACGGCGCCGUGCACGACGACGACGGAGCCCAGGCCAGGCUAGCAGAACGAAACAAAAUGGCUUAUGUGAAUGUGGCAGAAUGGAAAACGGAUCAAGUGACCGACUGGCUCAAAGGCCUCGACAAUUCCAUUCUGCUGUACAUUCAGUCGUUCUCGAACAACAGAGUCAACGGCCAGCAGCUGCUUGGGUUCGGGCCAGACGACUUGGAACAUCUAGGAAUUUAUAAAAUAGGCCAUCAAGAAAUCAUACUCGAAGGGAUAGAACACCUGAGGAGCAUUCAUUAUGAACUGGAUAGGGAAAAUCUCCAGCUUUUGGCAAUGCGAUUGUCUUGCCUUGCUCACAGCCUUCACAACGAAUUAUGCCACAGUCAUACAGAAAUGGAAAGGCUCUCGACACAAAUUCUAGCAGAUAUAGCAACAAUUGUAACAAAUGUUAAACCUUUAAUAGCUUGGCUGGAUAGGCCUGGUUUCUCAGGGCAGUUACAGUACAACACAACAAGGUGCGAAGUUUUAAAACUUGCUCUAAGAAUGGCAACAUGCGGCCAAAGAGACAGGUUCGCCGAGGCACCUGUUUCUGACAUGAAGGACGCGUCAGCACAACUUGGAAAAUUAGCCGAUACGAUAAUCCAAGAAAUAACUGAUCCUCUGAUAUUACAGCCUGCGUCGUUGGAUCUUGCAACCGUUAAAAAGAGAUCAUCCGAUGAUUUAGGUUUCUACAUUGUUCCUUCCUUUAGAGGCAUUCAUCAAAUUAGUGACUUAAAAUUGAAUAGUGCAGCUCAUCAAUGUGGUAAAAUAGAACCUGGUGAUGAAAUAAUACAAAUAAAUUACCAAACAGUUGUCGGUUGGGAUGUAAAACAAGUAAUGCACUUGUUUGCCGAGUCGCCGACUGAAGUGUUAAUGACAUUAAAAAAACGUCCCAGGCAUACGAAAGUAUACGGUCAAAUUUACGUGAAACCUUACAGGCUGCCGAGUAAAAAACGAUCCACGCAUUCGCACGGAUUUGUCCCAAGGCCUGAACUAUUAACACGUUUACAAUUCAGAUUACCAAUUCAAAGGUUAAAACUUCCUGAUAAAAGUAAAAUUGAGAGCCCGAGAGAAUCUAGGGACUCGAUGAGUUCUGAUGAAGAAGUGACGACAGUACAACACAAAUUGGUAGUUCCUAGCAAACCCGUCCACAGGAGAGCGACCAUCACUGGUGCCAGUCCUUUGAGUAAAAGGCCUCCAUUUGACAUACAUGAGCUUUGGCAUGAUUUGAAAUUAGAAAAAGAAAGUUGUGGCAAGCAAAGUUCAACUAGUGUAGUCGACUUCGAAGAGCGUUUGUCUUCGGUAGAUAAAAAUUCCAAUACGUCUUCCUCGACAAUGGAAGCAGAACCCAAUUUAGAAACACUAACAAUAAAACAAAAAAUUGAAAUGUUCUCUAGAGAGCAGAAACAGGAAAAGCCUAAAGUUCUACCUCUUAAAAAAAAUCAACGGAUAAAUAAUGAUCUAUUGUCUAAUGGAAAAACGACCAAUGAAACUAAUAAACCAACUGAUAAAUUGGACAAAAAAGAAGAAUCUGAAGUAAUAGAAACUAUUAUUCCUGAAAAAUUGAAGCCCGAUGAUCAAAGAGAAUCAUUACAAGAAAGGCCUUUAAGCAUCGACUGUUCUAAUGAAUGUUUCAGCGUCCAGUUUAAAAAUAAAUCUUCUGAAUCCAUCAAGGAAGAAAUGACUUGCGAAGAAACACAAUAUAACGAGGAACAUGGAAAAGUCGUCGAAACCAUCAAUCGGCAUUUACUCGUUCAUCCUUUCUACGAUGAGCAGUGUUUUUCAAAAGUGGAUAUGAAUAAACCAAGUAAUUGCAAUUCACUUCCUUCGCAUACGGACACAAAAAGGCAAAAUGUUUAUGGACUAUACACAACAUCUUCAUUACCACAUCAGAAUAAUACUAUUCACAACAGGGAAUACAUUUCAGAACUUUCUAAAACUAUUUCCAGGGUUAACACAGAGGAUAUUAUAAAUAACAAAGAACAAAUUAGUAUGUCUGAACCUCCGUCUUUAACGCAAAAAUCCAUUCCUCCGCCUGUGUACAGCAAGAGGGAGCCGAUUUCGUAUGACUUUGUACAUCCUAAACACAUGUCUCACAUGGCGAACCAAGAUAAAAGCUAUAGUACUGAUAGCCUUAAUAAAUUUCAUGAUACUCGAGAAAGGUUGGGACAAAGCCAGAAAAAGGAAAGUGUAAGCUCGUUGUACGACCAGUAUGAAAACGCUAGGGAAAUUAAUAAGUACAAUUCAUUACAAGACAGGCACAUGAAAGCAAAUUAUAAAGAUUAUUACGACAGCGCUUCAACCAAAAGUUACUCUUCGAGUGAUUACUCAGAACAUAGCACUGCCAGUAAAAGUUUUGACUCGUCCCAAGAGAGGCAGACAUUACCGAAAGCUGGAAUUAAGCUGAACCCCUCCCCACCGAUACCACCGCCUCGUCCAAGUUUGAGCAAACCACCAAACGCUUGCUAUCGUGCCAUAAUGGCAGCUCGUUCAUUGGGCAAAGCCUCGCCUAAAACCCAAAGAAAGAAGAACCCUCUACUAGCAAAAAGAAGAAAUAUAAGCUUAAAAGACUUUCCAACAGUAGAAUGUGAUGGUUGGCUUUUACAAAGGUGUAGAAAAGGUUCUGGGACUUGGGUAAAAAGGUGGUGCUUGAUCCACUCAAACACUUUGUACACAUUUCAGUCAAAACAGGUUACCAAAGCCGAGACAAUGGUCUGUUUGCCUGGUUUUACUGUAUCACCAGCGGAAGAGGUCAAGAGUCGUCCUUUUGCAUUUAAAGUGUACCACACAGGAACAAUGUUUUAUUUCGCUGCGGAUACAAACUUUGAACUUAAUGUUUGGUUGGACGCGAUUUCCACAGCGACGCUAAGUCCAAAUCCCAAUACACAAGAAAUAUUGUACAGCGAAAGUGAAGGUGAAGAAAAGACAGAAUCGGUACAACAUUUUAUUAAAAAAUCGCAGAUACCUCCCACACCAGCACCUCGGCCUCAAGUCCAGCCGGCAGCGAUGGAGUCCAAAGAGCGCAAAGAACACAAAGAUUCGAAGGAGCCUAAAGAACACAAGGAUUCGAAAAUGUUCGGAUCGCUUAAAAAAUUAGGAGGACGGACAAACAGCAGCAGCAGCAGCGGUGGAAGCAGUCUGGAUAGAAAAUGCCUCAGGAUUCUUGGCACAGGCCCUAUGCCGGUCCCGACUGCACAAUACAGAAGUUACAGGAGAGUGCACAAUACGACACCGUCUCCAAAUACAAAUAGCAACAAUCUUAACAAUAAUAGUGGGCUCAGCCAGAGUAGAGAACAUCAAGAGCACUCAAAACUACCUCCAGAAAUGGCGGAUUACAGGCUCGCUUCUCUCACAGCGAAGAACACUCCUCCUGUACCAAGGAGGGUUAUAUUCAGGGAUGGAAGGAACUCGCAAGAAUCUCGCCGACCUCAUAUCUCAGCUCCUAUUCUAAACCAUCCAAUCCCAGGAUAUGAUGAGAGGAACAGGAUACCACCACAACUGAAUAAUGCCUACGCUAAUAAUUAUCGCAACGGGCCACCUGAAACGCUUUGGAUUGAUUCACUACGCAGAACAGAUGAUCCCAAGAAAAAAAUUAAAAUUAAAAAACCGUCAAAUCAAGGUACAAGCAGCAGCCAAGUUGACGGAAAUCAACUACAACAAUUUCGAUCUUCCGAUUUGGAUCAAGUUCCACCUCCGGAUUAUCCGGGUCUCGAAUAUCCUCCGGUAUUUGAACCUGGAACUUACACUCUGGAUGCUCUGUCGUACUAUCCGAGGAAUACAAAGAACCAGGAUCAAUGACGAACGAUUUAUUGUUAACAAUUGACAAUGUGCCUUUAGAAAAAUACAAGUGCAAUUUAAAACGUGAUAUACAUACAAAACUUGUGGUUAGUUACAUUAUAUUUAAAUGACUUUAUAAAGAUUUAUGCCUUUAAAAAGCGUAUUAUUUGACAAAAAGUUAAUUACACGCAUAGCUUUUUUUUAAUCAAGUGCCUUAAUUUAUUUUAAGCGAUUGAAUAUAUUAAAAUUAAUAAUGUAAUUAAAUCAAAAUUUACCAGUGAAAUAUUUUACACAAUAUGUAGUAUAUUUU